AUGAGCACCAUUCAUCCCAUCGACACUGAAGAUGGGGUUCGUAGCCUUGUCAAUACGAUCAUCGCGCAUCCCUUCGAGCCACUCUACAUCGUUUGGAAAGGUGUAAAUCUCUCCCGCGAAGGUACCCUGAGCCUGAUGCUAAUCUACCUGGAAUGCAUGGACAACAUCUACGCAGUGGACCUCGAGACCCUCGGCGCGCGGGCCUUCUCCACGACCGCGAGUUCCCGUCUCGACAAGACUACCAGCCUCCAGGCCAUCCUCGAGUCCCCCAACCGCACCAAGGUCUUCUUCGAGGUGUGGAAUGGCUCGGACGCGCUGUUCAGUCAGUUCCAGAUUCGCCUCCAGCGCGUUGCUGACCUCCAGCUGAUGCAGCACGCCGCCUCCGAGGGCUGGCGGCGCGACAACAGUCGGGUGACCAAUCUCGCGGCGUGCAUCAAGGAUGACGCCGGGCUAACCGAGCCCGAGGCGCGCCGCUGGCGGGCCGAGAAAGAACGCGGCCGCCUCAACUGCUUUUAUAUCGGCCGCGACGGAGACAGCCACAUCCUGCGUCGCCGGCCGCUGGACAACGACUUCCUCAACUACUGCUCGGCGGAUAUCGCUCACUUCCCCAAGCUCGACCGCCAGUAUCGGCGUCAGCUGGACGAGUUCUGGAAGUGGGCGGUGGAGCGGGAGGCGCAAGCCCGGGUCGUCGAGUCCCAGCAGCCCGGGUUUCGGUCUCGGGGUGGCUGGCGCGGUCGGAUCUUCGGGCCCUGGAAUGGGGAUCGGGUGCAGGCACUGCGGAUUAAGUUCAUCGAGGAGACCGGGGGGGAAUAG